CCAUUCUCAACGCCAGGAAGCGGAGCAACGGGUUCGAGUUUCGGGUUUGGGUUCGGAUCCUCUUCUCGAAUCUCGAGUUCAAGAAGAACUUGUGGUCCCUCUACAACAAACACACUGGGUAUGUUGAGUCCAUUGAUCCGAGUGUGGAGAUUGUGGUGCCGGAGGAUGAUCACGGGCUUCACGCAAUUGACAUUCUUGAUCCUAAUUGGUGGACAAGAUGUUUACAUCUCACAGACGUAUAUCAUUUCCAUGAUAUGAUUGAUAUGCUCAUUGAAUGUGGAUACGAGAAAGGGACCACACUUUUUGGAUAUGGUUAUGACUUCCGACAAAGCAAUAGAAUUGACAAAGCAAUGGAUGGCCUAAAAUUAAAGCUGGAAUCUGCUUACAAGGCUUCUGGAGGGAAAAAAAUAAACAUAAUUUCACAUUCUAUGGGCGGCUUGCUUCUUCAAUGCUUCUUGUCGCAGUAUAAUGAUGUAUUUGCAAAUUACGUGAACAAGUGGAUUUGCAUAGCAUGUCCCUUCCAAGGUGCACCAGGAACCAUCAAUGAUUCCCUAUUAACAGGACUACAAUUUGUUUAUGGUUUCGAAAGCUUCUUUUUUGUAUCCAGAUGGACAAUGCAUCAACUGUUGGUUGAGUGCCCCUCCAUGUAUGAAAUGCUUCCAAACCCUGGCUUCAAGUGGAAGCGGCAACCAGUUAUGCAAGUUUGGCGAAAGACAUCUGGAGAUGAGGAAAUGGUGAAGCUGGAUAGCUAUGAUUCAACUGAGUGUAUUGCAUUAUUUGAAGCAGCUCUACGGAAUAAUGAGCUGAAUUACAAUGGGAAGUCAGUUGCUCUGCCUUUCAACUUUUCAGUUUACAAAUGGGCUGCUGAGACUCGUAGGAUUCUCGACAAUGUCCGAUUACCAAAGAGUGUCAGCUUUUAUAACAUAUACGGCAUAUCAUUUGAUACUCCAUAUGACGUUUGCUACGGAUCAGAAACCUCUCCUAUCGAUGACUUGUCCAAAGUAUGCCACACAACGCCUCAGUAUACUUAUGUGGAUGGAGAUGGAACUGUGCCUGCCGAAUCUACAAUGGCUGAUGGGUUUGAAGCGGUAGACAGAGUCGGAGUUAAGGCCACUCACCGAGGUUUGUUGUGUGACAAGACAGUGUUUAGACUUUUGAAGCAAUGGCUCGGUGUGAACCAGAAAUCUAAACACUCCAUGGCGACAUCCAAAGUGAUGGAUGUAUUUUCAGAACCAGCUUCUGUCCAGAUAACUGCAAAAGAUGCAUUGAUGUAUCGGAAAUCUGCUGAAGAUUGAAUAUUAGCAGGCCGUGUAUUGUUUGAAAGAAUAGCAUAUUUGCUUCCUACAUAUGUAUUCGAAGGCAUCGUAGUAUAAUGCCAUUAAGUUUGUUGUAUGAUUGUUUCUACCUAUAAUAAUACACAUGCUUCAACAUGUAUAUCACGUUAUACGUAAAAGUAUGCAGAGUAAUGCACAUAAAGACUAAGUUC